CCCAGCACGGCCUGUGCGAAGAGCCCCGUCUGUCCUGAUCAGUCUGUUGGUUUUGUUUCUCACAGGUUUUCAUUUGGGCUCUGGGGGCCGGUGAGUGAGUGUGAUUGGCGGGGGGUAGGGAGGUGUUGCACGUGGAGCACACGCGUGCGUGUCUGGUGCCCACGCGGGGAGCUGUGUUUGGAAUUGCGUGCGGGUGGGCGGUUCCCGGGGUCCGGAGGGAGCUGGUGUGAAUGAGUGUGCGAGCGAGUGCUCAGGUGCGGGCCGUUCCCGUGUCAGUGUGCGUGGCCCUGGCCCCCUCCCGCCCGCCAUGGAGAAGGUGAAGCCGGAGGAGGGGAUGAGCCCCGGGGAGCUCUGCCUGGGGGGGCUGCCGGAGGAGCCCCCCGCCCGCCCGGCCUGGAGCAGCAAGGCUGAAUACAUCCUGGCGCAGGUCGGCUUCUCCGUGGGGCUCGGCAACGUCUGGCGCUUCCCCUACUUGUGCCACCAGAACGGGGGAGGAGCCUUCAUCCUCCUCUACCUCCUGAUCCUCCUGGUGGUGGGGAUCCCCCUCUUCUUCCUGGAGCUGGCGGCCGGGCAGAGCAUCCGUCAGGGCAGCAUCGGGGUCUGGCAGCACUUCAGCCCCCGCCUGGUCGGCAUCGGCUUCGCCAGCUGCGUGGUCUGCGGGUUCGUUUCUCUCUAUUACAACGUGAUCAUCGCCUGGAGCCUCUUCUACCUCGGUAACUCCUUCCGCGCCACCCUGCCCUGGGCCAGCUGCCCCCUCGGUGCCAACCACAGCCAGCCAGAACCUGAAUGUGCCCAGAGCUCCCCCACCACCUACUUCUGGUACCGGAAGGCGCUGGACGUGAGCGAGUCGAUCGGUGUCAGCGGGGUGAACUGGGCCCUGGCCGGCUGCCUGCUGGGUGCCUGGGUCCUGGUCUGCGGCGCCCUCAUCCGGGGCAUCAAGUCCUCGGGCAAGGUGAGCUCGGCCCCCCCCCGACCUACUGCCCCCGCUGCCACCCCCCCCGGCCUACUGCCCGCCGGGACCCCCACCCCGUGACUCACGCCCGGCUGCCCGCAGCUGGCAGUCUGGGGCGACAUGCAGGUCUGGCGCCAGGCGGCCACCCAGGUCUUCUUCUCGCUGGGGCUGGGCUUCGGGAGCGUCAUCGCCUACUCCAGCUACAACCCACGGCACAACGACUGCCACGCCGACGGGCUGCUGGUGGCCGGCAUCAACUUCCUCACCUCGCUGCUGGCCACGCUGGUCGUCUUCGCCGUGCUGGGCUUCCGGGCCACCGCCAUCGCCAGGGCCUGCGUGGCAAGGAAUGUGGAGAUGCUGGCCCAGCUGCUGGGGACCGGGGCUCUGCCCACCCUGGAGCUGCCCACCCUGGACCCGGCGGCACUGUCCCCACCGCAGUACAGCACCUGGUACCACAGGCUGCCUGCCGAGCUGGGCACCGCACUGCAGGGACACGGUGUCACCGACUGCCGGCUGGAGGACGAGAUGAACAAGGGCGUGGAGGGCACCGGCCUGGCCUUCAUCACCUUCACGGAGGCCAUGACCCUGUUCCCGGCUUCCCCGUUCUGGUCCGUCCUCUUCUUCCUCAUGCUGCUGAACCUGGGAUUGAGCACCAUGCUGGGCAACAUGCAGGGCAUCCUCACCCCCCUGCUGGACCGCUACCCCCCCCUGCAGCGCCGCGCCACCGUCUUCACCGUGCUGUGCUGCGCCGGCGGGUUCCUGUUGGGUCUGAUGUUCGUGCAGCGCUCGGGCAGCUACUUUGUCGCCAUGUUCGACGACUACUCGGCCACCCUGCCCCUGGUGGCCGUCGUGUCCUGCGAGGCCAUCUCCGUGGCCUGGGUCUACGGGACAGACAGGUUCCUGGCGGAGGUGGAGGACAUGCUGGGCUGGCGGCCCUGGCGCAGGGGCUGGCGGCCCUGGCGUCUCUACGGCUACAUGUGGCGUUAUGGCAGCCUGCUGGCCAUGCUGGGGCUGCUGCUGGCCAGCCUGGGGCAGAUCUGCCACAGCCCCCCCACCUACCAGGCCUGGGACCGGGCGCAGGCGGAGGAGACGCGGGUGCCGUACCCACCCUGGGCGCUGGCCAUGCUGAUCUUGCUCAUCGUCCUGGCCACCCUGCCCAUCCCCGCGCUCUACAUCCGGCAGCUGGCGUGGGAGUGGCAGGCGCGGCGCCGCCAGCGGGGGGCACCCCCCAGAGUGGAGCCGGAGGAGGAGGAGGAGGAGAGCCCGGCUGACCCCGAGUGCUCGGCCAACGGGUACCUGCCCGUCCGCACCCAGGAGCCCCCCAAGGGGGGAGAAGAGGCCGGGGCCUCCCUACUGGGGGGGGCAAAGUAAUGGGGGGAUACGAGGGGGUAGAGGUCAAAGGUCAUUGGAGGGGAGCAUCUGUGACCCCUCCCCGUGGGUGGGGCUGGCUCCCCCUGGUAUGUGCCCCCCUGCCCAGGGCGGGCACUGGGCUCGAUUGGUGGAGCUGGGAGAGAGCCAAGGACUCCUAUUGGUGGGUCGAAAGAAGGCGCCUUCUCUGAUUGGUGGAGGGGGAAGCGCUGAUCACUUGGCGCCUGGAGCCAAAGGACCAAUAAGGGGAAGGAAGAACAAAGCAACCCCCGAUUGGUGGACUUGUGUGGCACGGCAGCCUCUGAUUGGUGGACUGAGGAGGAUUUCUCCCCCUGCCCUCUAAUGGAGGAGGCAGUGAGGGGGAGACCAACUGCAGUGCAGGGUCUUCCCCUCCCCCCACUCUCCACUCGAGGCGGCCAUGUUGUUCCCGCGGCGUUGGCCGGGGGCAGCCAUGUUGUCUUCCUCCCAGUGCCGCCCGUGCCCCGCUGAGGCGUACGUCCCGUCCUCUGUCCCAGAGGGCCUGGCCGUUGGGGCCUUCUUAGAAACAUGGUGCUAACUAACCCCUCUGCUGUCGGGGCUGGAGCCACCAGCCCCCCACUCGUGCCAAGCCUGGCCUAGCUGGGCCCCACGCAAGUGCCUAAGCCUCUGGGGCAGACGGGGGCGUCUACUGCCAAGAUAUGGGGCCAGAUUUCGUUGUUGGGGGCCAGGCCAUUGACAGCCACAGCCCGAGGGCCCCCCUGCUGCCGCCCGUCUCACCAAUGAGGGUUGAGGGGCAGGUUCAUCCUGCCGGGAAGGGGGGGAGGGGCGGUGUCUGCCCCAUAGCGCGUGCGUGGAAACGGUGUACAAUGGGGGCGAGUCUAGGGUAGUGGGACGGGAGGCCUGGUGAAGCAGCUGCUAUUUACAUCCGUUGCUGCCACACUGCGGAGGGGAAAGCCCAGGCUGCAUCCAGCUGCUGUCUACACUAAUGGUAGCAACAGUGCCAUGGGGGAGCCGGGGCUGGGGGGCUGGCUGGCCCUACUGGAUCUGGCUCCCGCAUUGCACUGCUCUGGACUGGGAGGGGCGGCAGUCGGACACCUGGGGCCUCUUUUUAAAGGGAAAGUUGCCACAAUGCUGCUGGUCCUGGCAUAUUUUGGUUGUCCGAGGGGUGGGUCUUAUUCCCCCUCCUGCUAAUGGGGGGAGGGGUCACCCCAUAGGAUCCAGGGCUAAGAACAGAGAGGGGCUGAGCCCCACAGCAUUAAUGUAUUGUCAUCUAGCCAUUCCCCCUCCAUCCCUCACGCCAUCCAAUCGCCAUCUAUCCACCCCCCAUGGCUCCAUUCCCCUCGUCCCCCUGCCCCAAGGUGCCUCGUUAGCUCGCCUGGGCUCAGCCCUUCUCUGCGUCUGACCCACCGGCCCUGGACGGAGAAGAUUCUGUCUGACAGACACUACCAGACUUACCCGACAGCCACAACGGUACGUGCCGGGAGGGGGCUGGGCCAGGCCUCCGGCCUCCUGGGUUCAAUUCUUGCCCUGGCCACCGGCUCCCCUGCCUUACUGGGCCUCAGUUUUCCCCAUCUUUAAAAUGGGGGUCGCGCUUCCUUGAUCUGUUUAGAUUGUAAAUUUCUCAGAGCAGGGCGAUCUCGCUGGGGUACUAAGCAGUGUGGGGGGGUGGUAUCUGGAAAUCUCUUGCCCGCUGUGGGAGUUCUCGCUGGCCCGCGGGGGCCAGGGAUGGGCUGGAUUCCACGGGGGGACGGGGAACCACAGCCCCUCAGCAGGUGGGCGCGGGAGGGUGUGUUACUGACUGUAUUGUUUUCACGGUGCUAUUCUUGCCUGAACAAUAAAGAUGUUUUGUUCACGC